AAAUCGAAAAAAAAAAUCGAAUCGAACUUUUCCGUGAAAAAAACAAGAAAAAAUGCUGAAAUUCGCAGCCAGUCUUCGUCGCAAGAGCACGCCACCUAUAAGGGACUUGCAAGAUGAUUUCCAGGGCUUAUAUGCGCCGGUCUUCACAUGCUUCCAAGCCGAUGACCAACAAACUUUACAGUUGGGCUACAUCAACGAGUACGCAGCUUGGCUCAAAAGCAAUGGCGUCAAGGGUGUGCUGGUGAACGGCAUAGCUGGCGAGGGUCCCACGUUGGGUUUGAUUGAACGCAAAUUGAAUGCCGAGGCUUGGAGUCGCGCAUGUAAGCGACAUUCACUGGUGAUGAUGUUGCAAAUCGGCGCCGCACCGCUACCCGAUGUGCUGGACCUGGCGCGUCAUGCCAACGAAUUGUACCUGCAAGCUGUCGUGUGUAUAUCGGAAAUGUUCUACGUACCCAGCCGGAUGAAGCAUUUGGUUGGUUAUUGCAAAAUCGUCGCAGAGAAGUGUACAAAUCACAAUUUUCUCUACUAUCACCUGCCGAAACAUAUAGAUAUGAAAUUCGACAUGGAGGAGUUCUGCCGCGAUGCCGAAACGGAGAUACCAACUUUCGCCGGUCUGAUAUGCUCGCACGGCGAUCUACUUUCGGCCGCAAAAUGUCUGGGUGGCAAUCGUGUGAUCUUUAUUGGCGAUUCGAAAAUGCUCGCCAGUGGCAUGCUACUCGGUUUUGAGGCGGCCAUUAUGACUGUAGUCAAUAUAGAGCCGGCGCUAAUGCAGGAGAUCUAUCAGGCGAUGAUGCGUAAGGAUUUGAAGACAGCGAAAACCAAGCAAAGCUAUUUGAAUCAAUUGAUACGAGAUCAUGUGACGAAGGGUCCCUCCAGUUGGGUUGCCGAUACGAAGAAGUGGUUCAAUCAGAAGAUGAGCACUGAAGAGGGUUGUGGCGUUCAUGUUGGUGAGACGCGGCGUUUUGCUAUAUACGAGUAUAAUAUGUAGGGGUGGAUUAGAGUUUGUUCUUG